AUGGCGCCUCCAAACAACCAAAAACGCGUAAAGGGCGUUCAAAUCUUUCGCCCGUUUGUCUACGGCUCCACAGCCAAACUCUUCGACCCGGCCACAAAUCCAAAGCCGCCAGGAACGCCUGAAGACCAUACACAUUCGUGGACGGUAUUUGUGAAGGGCGUCGAUGAUACCGAUAUCACUUACUGGUGCAAGAAAGUACAGUUCAAACUACAUGAUUCGAUUCCGAAUCCCUUGCGGUGUACGGACUUUCCCUCCUAUCUCCUCCCCGCCAAGGGCAUAUAUUGGAAGAAGCAAGCUAACAUCCCCAUUCUAGCAAUCGAAGCCGGCGCGCCUGGAACCCCCUUCCAGGUCCACGAAACCGGCUGGGGCGAAUUCGAAAUCGCCAUAAAGCUUUACUAUAUUCCCGAGUCCCUCGAGAAGCCGCAGACCCUCUACCACCACUUGCGGCUCCAUCCAUAUGGCAAUACCGAAACAGAAAAAGAAACCAUGCGUCAAGCGCCGCAAAUUAUAUCCUGGGCCUACGAAGAGCAGCUGUUUAACGAACCUUAUGAGCAGUUUUACGAUUUGUUGACAAGCCCGGUGGAUAGGAGUAAGGGGGCGGGGGGAAAGGGGACGAAGAUGAUGAAGGGAGGGAUGGUGGGGAGUUCGGGAGAGAGGACAUCGCUUAUUCCGUUGAGUUGUAGACCCGGACAACCGUUUAGCAGGGAGACGGAGAAGGCUGAGUUGAAGAGGUUGAGGGAGGCGCAGGGGAAGGUAGAGGAGAUGACGAAGAAAUUGCAGUCGGAGUUGAGGGACACAGAGAAGGAGCUGGCGAGUUUGAAGGAGGGCUGA